ACACCUAGAUUUCUUAACUCAUAAUCGUUAACGUCUUACUUCGUCUGCCACCCCUUCUUGCUUCCCACCUAAUUUUGGAUGCUACAAGUAGCAUUGUUAAAGGCAUUUCUAAAUAUUUUUAUCUUUUACGGUAGCUACGGUCGAGUGAAUUUAUCAAGAGCGCUCUCAUCUCUCAACCAGUUGUGCGUUCUCAAAGCUCUUCAUCACACGCGGAAGUUAGUGCUCACGUGCGGUUUUUCAUCCCUCUCAUUUUCUGGAAAACGACGUAUCGCACUCCCACCCCCUCCCCACACGCCCUCUCCCGUUUCUCAUCGUGUGGUAUGCGAAUUUGCUCUGCUGAAAGCUGACUUCUACUCCAAACCAAGUUUAAAGCAUUUACUUGAUCGUAAAUUGCGCAUAGCCGUCAUGGUUUUUUGUGGCAUUUUCGAAAUCGAUGUCCCUGUAUUGUGCAGUUUCCGGACGUUGUGAUAGUUGACUCUUGAAAACUCUGUUCGGUCCCUUCUCACGGCGAUCUUGAAAUCGUCACAUUUCGUGUCGGAAAUAGUGUAGUCAAUUUCUAAAAGAGUCAUGUUCCCCAAGAAAGAAUCGGAAAAAGGCUAUUUGGUUUUACGAAGCGUCGACGAAAAAACCAGCCUUAAAAAUUCGGAUACAAUUGUGUAUGGGGCUGCGCUGCAGAGCGACAACGUGAGCAAUGGGAAAGACAAUGGAAGCAUAACAAGCAGCACCACUCAUCGAGUCAUAUAUUGCGUCCAUGGCAAAGCUAGCGGCUGUUGCCCCUCACUCACCGGUGCUCCUAGCAAAAAUGGCAGUAUGCCGCCUGAUGGUGGCCCUGCCAGCCCUUUGCCAUCAGACACUAUCACUAUUUAUGAUGAACAUUACUGCCAUAAUGAGGAAAGGACUACAACGAACACAAAAGCACGGAAGAAGCUCAUUAUUGCCAGUAUACUAUGUAUCAUAUUCAUGAUAGGAGAAAUUAUAGGUGGCUAUUUAUCAAGUAGUUUAGCAAUUGCCACUGAUGCGGCUCAUUUGCUUACUGAUUUCGCCAGUUUUAUGAUAUCGUUGUUUGCACUGUGGGUAGCCAACAGGCCUCCUACGCAAAGCAUGCCGUUUGGAUGGUACCGAGCGGAAGUCAUUGGUGCUUUAACAUCUGUUCUUAUGAUCUGGAUUGUCACAGGAAUCCUUGUUUACAUGGCUGUAGAAAGAAUAAUCAAAAAAGAUUUUGAAAUUGAUGCAAAAAUCAUGUUAAUUACAUCAGCUGUUGGUGUGCUUGUCAACAUCAUUAUGGCAUUUUCAUUGCAUCAACAUGGGCAUUCUCAUGGAGGGAAAACUCACACUUCAACAGGAGAUAGUGAAGAAGAAUCUCAUCAUAGUCAUAGGGAUAACAUCAAUGUCCGGGCUGCAUUUAUUCAUGUUAUAGGGGACUUCAUUCAAAGUUUCGGAGUUUUGCUAGCUGCUCUAGUCAUCUAUUUUAAGCCUGAGUGGAGCUUGGUGGACCCCAUCUGUACAUUUUUAUUCUCAGUUCUCGUUUUAAUCACCACAUUUGCCAUCAUCCGUGAUACUUUGGUCGUAUUGAUGGAAGGUAUACCAAGUGGUGUCAAUUUUGCGGAUGUACUGAACACAUUCCUCAGCAUUGAAGGAGUUAUGAAAGUGCAUAAUCUAAGAAUUUGGGCUUUGAGCUUGGAUAAAACUGCAUUAUCAGCUCAUUUAGCUGUCCGUCCAGGAUGUGACUCAGCGCAGAUACUAAAAUGUGCAUCAAGAAAAAUCCACAACAAGUUCCACUUUUUUGAAAUAACUCUGCAAAUUGAAGAAUUUCAUGAGCAAAUGGAAAAUUGUGCGCAGUGUCAACCUCCUUUAAAAUGACCUCUGGCAGUCUAUUUUCUAGUAAUAAUCGUGCCUUUCAAUAGUGAAAUGUUUUUUUCUUUUGUAAAUUUCUUUUGAGUUCCUCAGCAUAGUGGAACUAUGCAGUAUCCCUCCUCCCCUCUGUGUAAAAAGUUUGUAAAUUUAUUCGUACUUGUAAAUUUCUUUAUCCCCUAAUAGCGGUCAUAAAAUAUUGCAAACAGGAGUUAAUAUCGCUUCAUACGUAUGUUAUUAAUGUUUAAAAAAUAACGUUUGAGGUGGUUCCUUUACAUUCAAGGUGCUACAUCAGUGUAUGUUGAUUACUAAUCGUUUUAAAUCAACUUUCAAAACCAUUUCCAAAGGCUGAAUUUGAGUCGCCUGUCACCAGGUAAGUUUUGACAGCACAAUAUUCAAAUUGAAUUUUCUGGAUAAAAUAGAUUUGAACAUAUAUUUUAAAUGCACAGCCCAUGUUUAGUAAAAAUGUUACCCUAGGAAAAAAUAGAGGCAAAGAUAUUUUUGCAUUUUCAUGUCAUGCUCAUUACGAAUUAUGGUUUCUUCAUGUCUCAUGAAAAUACUCAAACCGUUAUUUCCUUGAAAGCAGUGAUUGAACCAUAUUCUGCAAGAACCCUGUUUUACAUCGUCAAUGGAGGUAUUCGAUUACCUCUGACAAUUUUCUAUUUUGUUGGUUUUUGUUUUGAUCUCCUUGGAUAAUUUUUUUUCCUUUUUAUUUUUUUCUCUCUCAUUUUUAUGGUGUCCACUGCUCAGUUAAUGGAUACUAUUAUGUAUUUUCUCAUCUUAAAAAACAUCCGCAGGGAAAUACUCACUUAGUCUUUUUAGAACCGUCCUCUGGUGCCUGACUUUGGAAAAAGUGAGCACAUGAUUCUAAUUAUUUAUGUCAAGGUUUUUGAGCGAGGAAAAGCUGUUAAUUUAGGUGAGCAAUUAUGAAUGUCUAAUGAGUAAGAAAAUUCUCUAACUAAAAAUACUUCAAAGGUCAAUGUUCAAUCAAUCAUGUUUGAAUCAAGAGAGAAUCUUUUGUUAUGUGUUCCCUCUGUCAUAAUGGUAUCCCGCCUGCUUUUUUAUUCCUCCCUGUCUUAGAAAACAUUUUGUUAGAUGGCAUCAACCAUGAAUCAGAGGUGCAAUGAAAUCAGUAGCCUGGUCAAAUAAAAGCGUCCUAAACCAUUCCGUCCUGGCAUGGUGUUAGAAUAUUAGUCUAAUACAAGACACUUUUUCUUAGGAUCCUGUAGUCUCAUAAUCGUGCUAAGUGAUUAUCAGGUUCUGUAAUCAAGUGAUAAACGUAUGCAUAUAAAAUUAUCGAGGCCCAGGACAAAAAUAAUUUGUGUAGCUUUCCUUACUCCAAGAGCAAUAGAUCCAGUCCUCUGUAUGAGCCGUAUUGUUUGGAAAUAGGUUCUGAUAUUAACUGUUGAUGACUCUGUAAUAGCUGAGUAGUGUUUUUCUGUAAAGUAAUUUUAAAAUAAUUGAAAACUAAUAAUACUUAUGUAUUUUUAUUAUUUUUUGUGAUAGCUAAUUUUGUUUUUUUGUUUUAAAGUUAAAUGAAGAUUACGAUUCUUUUUAUUUUGAAUGGUUUAAUUUAGUGAAUUAUAUGAAAUUUCAAUAAUAUGUCAGGCACUUAUCUACAACUACUGCUUCUUAGGAUCUAAUUCAAUUUUGCGUUGACAAGAGCAAAAUAAACACAAUUCUGGUUGUGAUAAAUUAAUGGGUCAAGAGAAGGAAAACAAUGAAUUUCCCUUAAAAACAAUUCUAUUUUAAUUGUAUGUAUGCUGUACUAUGUAUGAAAGUAUACUCAUCAGUCUGUAUACCAAAAUCUUAAAAUGCAGGUAUAAUAAUCGUUACCCCUUUGAAUAAGAGGACUCCUUCCUUUUUUUUUCAAAACAUAUAAUCACUCAAUCUCUCUACAUUUACCAGAUUACAUUCCGAAGCAUUGCUUAAACUCUGUUUUCUCUCCAUUUGAGCUCUCAGGAUUUAAGAUUAAACUUUUCUUAUUUCAUUUCAUUUUGAAAGACUUGAAAUGUGUUAAUUCUCUCUAAAACUGUGCUCUGCAUUUAUUUAUUUAUUUUUUCUUCCUUCUUAUUUUCUGCUUUGUUUAAUAAUUUUCUAACUAUGCAAAGACUCUGGUCACUUUCCAAAGUUUUUUAAAAAAUGCAAUUUUAAAUUCAAAGGAACGUAUGUGUGCAACAGAAGUUCACCUAUCUGAGCAGAUUUUCCGUACUUGGUAGAUUUUUUUUCUACACAUGCAUUCAAGUAGUCCCUCUACCAUCGAUGCAUAGUGAUUUUGUUAAGCUCCUUCCAAACAAAACGCAGAAGCAAUAUGUUCGGUGGCUAAAAAAUCGCUAAAACAGCAGUAGGUGAGAAGUUUUAUUGUUAAUUGAAAAGCUCUGUUUAAUAAAAAAGUAAUUUGUUUUUGUUACAUAUUUUAUUUUGUUUUUAUGAUGAAGCUUUUUUAGUAUCUAAAUCUUAAUAUGGAUUCUUAUGCACCACGUUCUGUUUUGAUUUUGAAAUUUUCUAACAAGAAACAAUUGAUUAUUGAGUUGUUUGCAUUUGCUCAAUUUUUCUUUGUACAAGUAUCUGCAUAAUAUUUGCAUUUUUAAGUCAUAUCGCUCAAAAUGUCUUUGGCUGGGCUGAACACUCGGUAUUCAUGUUUCAUAGAGAUAAACUUUAUCACAAAACCAGUAACUGAAGUUGUGUCCUGAACCAACAGAGCCCUUCAAGGAGCAUGCCAAAAACUUGUUCAACAUCCAACAUCCCUUGUUCUUGUAAUAUCUAUUUGAGUUAAAUAUUUUUCUAUCUGUUAUUUUGUAUUAACAUAAAAAAUUGAUUGUUACUCGUCGAAAUAUUUUAUUUUUUAUAUUUUGUUAUUUUGAAUAAAUACAGCAUUAUUCAAAGUUAA